GCCGCAUCUUCAUCUGCUUCCUUUUUGGGCGAUACUGGUAGACCAAAUCCCGGCCGUAACUUUUUUUUUGUAUACAUAACACAAAUGGGCAUAUAUUCGCGAGUACGAAGCAGCCCAUACUUUGUACCCGCGGCCCGAGCAUUAGCAUGGUUUCCGGUAGUCAUGUUUUUCGUCGACCAUGGGUUCAGUUACGGUACAGUCCAUGGCCGGUCCAUGCAACCUACAUUCAAUCCUGAUAGCAAUCAAUUGUUGCGCGAUCGCGUACUAUUAAACAAAUGGGCCGUAACAGACCACGAGUUUGAACGUGGUGAAGUAGUUACUUUGACUUCCCCCAGUGAUCCAAAAUGUGUGCUCACAAAACGUAUCAUUGCUCUCGAAGGUGAUACCGUACAACCAUUAAAGCAUAAAAAAUCUUUAGUGUAUGUGCCCAAGGGCCAUUGCUGGGUAGAAGGCGAUGAAGCAUUCCAUUCGAGAGAUAGUAACACAUUUGGAACUGUACCGAUGGGAUUAAUUAAGGCUAAGGUCACAUACGUUCUAUUCCCAUUUUCUCGUUUUGGACCAGUAGAAAAGAAACCGGUAUCGAGUAGAGUAUCAGUAGGAUUUAUCCAACCGGGUCAUGAUGAUGAUUAUUGGUGAAAACAAUAGUAUUUCCAUGUACAGUACAUACAACAUACAAAACUGCACACUUUAUAGAACUUUUUUAUCUCCGUUUUUUAAUAACCACGUUGAGCUUACUUCAUAGC